AUGUUUAUCUACCUCAGCAAAAAGAUUGCGAUCCCCAACAGUAUUCACUUGAAAUGUGUCUCUUGGAACAAAGAUCAGGGCUUUAUUGCCUGUGGAGGGGAUGACGGCCUCUUAAAAGUGCUCAAACUUGAAACUCAGACAGAUGACGCCAAACUUAAAGGACUUGCUGCACCCAGUAAUUUGUCAAUGAACCAGACAUUGGGGGGACACAGUGGUGCGGUUCAAGUAGUUACAUGGAAUGAGCAGUUUGAAAAACUAACAACCAGUGACCAGAAUGGACUCAUCAUUGUAUGGAUGCUCUACAAAGGUGCGUGGUACGAGGAAAUGAUCAAUAACAGGAAUAAAUCGGUAGUGAGGAGCAUGAGUUGGAAUGCUGAUGGUCAAAAAAUCUGCAUUGUGUAUGAAGAUGGAGCAGUCAUUGUUGGAUCUGUUGAUGGUAACCGGAUUUGGGGAAAGGAGCUGAAAGGAAAUCAGCUCGCACAUGUUGCAUGGUCUCCAGACAGCAAGAUUCUGCUCUUCGGCAUGGCCAAUGGGGAAGUGCAAAUAUUUGAUAAUCAUGGCAAUUUCAUAAUGAAAUUGACCAUUGGCUGCCUGACUAAUGUGACAGGAGCCACCAGGAUAGCAGGUAUUCACUGGUACUCAGGAACAGGAGGUUACAUAGAACCCGACUGUCCCUGUCUCGCUAUAUGUUUUCAAAAUGGAAGAUGUCAGAUUAUGCGCUACGAGACGGAUGAAAACCCAGUCUGUAUUGACACCACGAUGAAUGUGGUCAGUGUUCAGUGGAACCAUUGUGGUAGUGUCCUGGCGGUGGCCGGUUCCCUCAAAGCUUUGAACGCAGAUGUAGAAAUCAAUGUGGUGCAGUUUUAUACACCAUUUGGAGAGCACCUGAGAACAUUGAAAGUGCCAGGGAAGCAAAUGACUGGAAUUGCUUGGGAAGGGGGUGGACUGCGGAUAAGCCUGGCUGUUGAUUCAUACAUCUAUUUUGCUAACAUCAGACCAGAUUACAAGUGGGGAUACUGCUGCAGCACAGUAGUUUAUGCCUUCACAAAGCCAGAGCGCCAAGAUUACUGUGUGAUCUUCUGGGACACUAAAAACAAUGAAAAAUUUGUCAAGUAUGUCAAGAGCCUCAUGUCCAUCACCACAUCAGGUGACUUCUGCACCCUGGCAAGCAAGGCCGAUGAAACCCAGCCCCAGGGAAGCGCUGAGUCAGAGUCUGGGAGUCACGCAAAGUAUGUCCUGAUUUUAUGCAACUCAAUUGGGACUCCAUUGGACUCUAAGUACAUCGACAUUUGCCCAUUGUUUGUCACCAUGACCAGGACUCAUGUGAUUGCUGCAUCGAAAGAGGCUUUCUACUUGUGGCAAUACAGAGUUGCAAAUAAAUUAACUGCCUUGGAGAUCAACCAAGUAACCAGAACUAAGAAGGAAGGAAGGGAAAGGGUAUAUCACAUUGACAGCAGUACAACUGGGAUCAAUGACAAUGGGGAAGACUUUGCAAAAGCCUUCACAGCAACAAGAGAUCCCAUCUGUUGUUGUACAGCGACAGAUAAGACACUAAUAGUGGGCCGUGAAUCGGGUCUUAUCCACAGAUAUAGCCUACCAAAUGUCAUUCUCAUCCAGAAAUACAUGAUGAACAGAGCCCAUCAUCUCUCUUUAAACUGCACCUCCAGUCGACUGGCCAUCAUUGACAUCUCAGGCGUUCUGACUUUGCUGGAAGUAGAGGUUCAUGGAUCCACAGGUGAUGCCACUGGUGCGAGUCAGGUCUCAGUAGGGGAUCCAUCAAAGUUCGAACGCAAGGAUGUUUGGGACAUGAAGUGGGCCAAGGACAACCCUGAUCUGUUUGCCAUGAUGGAAAAGACCAGGAUGUAUGUCUUCAGGAACCUAGAUCCAGAGGAACCGAUCCAAACAUCAGGAUAUAUCUGCAACUUUGAGGACCUGGAAAUCAAAUCUGUCCUGCUUGAUGAAAUUAUGAAGGACCCAGAGAGACCCAAUAAAGACAAUCUUAUCAACUUCGAAAUCCGUUCCUUGAGAGACAGUCGUGCUCUAAUUGAAAAAGUGGGAAUCACAGAUGCUUCACAAUUCAUUGAGGAUAAUCCCCAUCCAAGACUCUGGCGUCUGCUUGCUGAGGCGGCCCUCCAAAAACUGGACUUGAAGACUGCUGAGCAGGCAUUUGUCCGGUGCAAAGACAACCAAGGCAUUGAGUUUGUCAAGCGCCUAGGAAACCUACAGAGUGAGCCCAUGAAACAGGCAGAGGUUGCAGCUUACUUUAGCAGGUUUGAGGAGGCCGAGCGGAUGUAUUUGGACAUGGACCGCAGGGACCUCGCAAUUAGCCUUCGGAUGAAGUUGGGAGACUGGUUUCGGGUGCUCCAGCUGCUUAAGACAGGCUCUGGGGACUGUGAUGAUGCUCUACUGGAGCAAGCCUACAAUGCGAUAGGAGACUACUUUGCUGAUAGACAGAAGUGGGUCAAUGCAGUGCAGUACUAUCUUCAGGGCCGUCACCAGGAAAAGUUGGCAGAAUGCUACUACAUGUUGGAGGACUACGAUAGCCUUGAGAAGUUGACUAAUUCACUACCAGAAAAUCAUAAACUUCUGCUGGAGAUCGGCCAGAUGUUUACCACGGUGGGCAUGUGCGAACAGGCUGUGAAUGCUUACCUUAAAUGCAACCAGGCCAAGGCUGCUGUUGACACAUGUGUCCAUCUGAACCAGUGGAACAAAGCAGUGGAACUAGCCAGAACCCACAAAAUGAAAGAGAUUAAACCUCUUCUGUCCAAAUAUGCCUCCCAUCUCCUUGAGAAGAACAAAAUUCUGGAGGCAGUGGAAUUGUAUCAAAAGGCUCACCAUUUUCUCGAUGCAGCCAAACUUAUGUUUAAGAUAGCAGAUGAGGAGGCCAAGAAAAGGACUCGGCCACUGCGGGUAAAGAAAUUGUAUGUGCUUGCUGCUCGUCUGGUCGAAAACCAUCAUGAGCAGAAGAAGACAUUGCAACAGAGUAAAGCAAAAGGGAAGAAGUCAGAGGCAACAUUCGCACUUGCUGGACUCCUAGAAGAAGACACCACGUCUUCUGACAAUCGCAUUCUAGACAACGCGUGGCGAGGAGCCGAGGCGUAUCACUUCUUCCUGCUCGCUCAAAGGCAGUUGUAUGAAGGCUACACGGAGAACGCAAUGCACACAGCCCUUCAUCUUCGCGAAUACGAGGACAUCAUCCCCGCAGUGGAGAUCUACUCCCUCCUCGCGGUCUGCUCAUCGGCCAGCCGAGCCUUCGGCACUUGCUCGCAGGCCUUCAUCAAGCUGGAAGCCUUGGAGAGCCUGGACCCAGAGCAACGGCUAAUCUAUGAGGACUUAGCCUUAGAGAUCUUCACCAAGCACGUGCCAAAAGACAGCCACAAGUUGGAGCUGGACGCUGCAUCAGAAGGGACGGCAGAAAAGUUACCUACCUGCAUAGUAAGUGGCCUGCCCAUCCAGGACUACCAUUUGUGGAUGUGCAGUGUGUGCAAGCACUGUGCUCAAAGCCAAGAGAUCAGCAAAUACAACUACUGCCCGCUAUGUCACAGCAGUGUGGGCUGA